GACAAAGCGCGUCCCCGGCCACAGAAUAUAGGUCUAGCGGCUGUUUUAGUAAACUGACUGGAAACAGUUUCUUGCUCACUGGACACAAUAAAACAAUUAACAUUCAUCAUCAUAUUAUAUCAUCAACCAGCCUCAAACUCCGUGCCUGCAUUGCCACCUAGAGGUAGAACCAGGAAACGCGCUUCCAAUAACAAAUCGGCACAAUUUCCCCAGCCAUGAAUCGGUCCCUCAGAAAAGGAUGUGGCAGCCUUCAGUGAUGAAAAAACACUCCUCUAGUCGAGUCGUGAUGAGGUGAACCGGCGGAGCUCCGAGAGAGAGAGAGAGAGAGAGAGAGAGAGAGAGAGAGAGAGAGAAUAUCACCGUGCAGGAAAAACGGCUCUCCCCUCAGAGACCAUCCCCGACGCCCACACUUCCAGACUGGAGCCUCAAGAGGCAGCUGGGUCGGGAUCAUUGACUGUAAAAAGAAGGUCGGGAUGCAUCCAUGUCCCGGUGCUGCUUGAGAUGAGGAUAAGACGACGACGUCUCCUCCGGUGACACGGCGAUGUUCGUUGCGUUCCGUUUAGACCGGCCCGUUACAAUCUGAGAACAACUGAGCCAAAACGCGGCGGUUAUUCGCCCACCGCUCAGAGGGGAUUCAGGCGUUAGCCGUACUGUCUGUCUGCUGUCAACUGUUGCUUAAUUCCACUGUAAAUGAAUCUUAUAAGGUUUAUGAACAACCGUGUUCCUCCUAACAAGAGAUACCAGCCCACAGAAUAUGAGCAUGCUGCCAAUUGUGCCACGCAUGCGCUAUGGAUAAUUCCCAGCCUGCUGGGCAGCUCAGUGUUGCACUUCCAGUCGGAAGACCAAUGGGAGCGGCUGUCGGCCUGGGUGUACGGGGCGGGGCUCAGCUCGCUCUUCAUCAUCUCCACCCUGUUCCACACUGUGGCCUGGAAGAAGAGCCACCUACGGUCUGUGGAGCACUGUUUCCACAUGUGUGACAGGAUGGUGAUCUAUUUCUUCAUUGCAGCCUCCUACGCCCCUUGGCUUAACCUGCGGGAGCUGGGUCCCUGGGGGUGUCACAUGCGCUGGCUGGUGUGGGUCAUGGCCUCUUUUGGAACCACCUAUGUCUUCUUCUUCCAUGAGAGGUAUAAGAUCACGGAGUUGAUCUGCUAUACGGUGAUGGGAGUUUUUCCUGCCCUGGUGAUCCUCUCAAUGCCGGAGCAGUCAGGGUUAUAUGAGCUGCUGGUGGGCGGAGCCUGCUACUGUUUGGGGAUGGUCUUUUUUAAAAGUGAUGGCAUCGUCCCAUUCGCUCAUGCCAUUUGGCACCUGUUUGUAGCUGUGGGAGCAGCCAUACACUACUACGCCAUCUGGAAGUACCUCUAUGCCCAGCCAUCCAGUCAGAUCCAGACCUCCAGAUGACAUCAGCACUGACCUCACAAGUAGCUCUUGUGUUUGAGCAACUUCAAGGGGUUAAUGCGAGCUGCGUCCCAAUUCAGGAGUUGCCUCCUUUAGAAAGCAAGUGAACUUCCUCCACAAAUAAGACGGUGUAGCCUCACAGUAACAAAAACAUGUUAACAUGCACACAGUGAAAAUGUAACAUGCUGAUGUUUAGAAGGCAUAAUGUUUCUUAAUAACUUUAUAAUUAUCAAAGUUGCAAUUCAUCCCGAGAGGGCUCAGUGUCUGAACUGCACCUACUUUUAUGGAAAUCUAUCCAGUCAAAACAAUUAAUUUAAAGCCACAAAUACAAACAUCAUGAUGACACUAGAGGCUCGGGGAUCACCAAAGUUAUUAAGAUAGGCUAGAUCUCAUGGGGACCAUAAAUGUCUGUACAAAAUUUUGUGAAAACACUUUGGUGGACCAAAAGGAAAAGUCAAAAGUGGUGAACCGUUAGACUGACUGGCAUUGCCAUCUCUAGGCUGGCCAGCAUGGACAAAGAACCAGUAAUCAAACACAGGCAGGUUUAACGAUAACUGAGUUUACAGUACCAUUUGUGACGUUUCACCUUAACACAUGAUGGGCAACUGCAAAUGGUGUACGAUAGUAAUGGUAAAUGCAUCAAUAUUACUUUAAUUUAUCUUAGUUUAUGCCUGGCUGCUAUUAUUUACAUAAUUUCUAUAUCAGUUCAUGAGGACAUCUGAACGCAUCAUUAAGCAAUUGCCCCACAUGCAAUGGAUUGUAGGAUACUGUGAUUGACACUGGAAAUAAUUCACAGGUUAUUCGCCAAAUGUGUCAAAAAGAAGGCUGCGUUUGGAGGAGACUGCAUUGAGGCAGCCUUUUAGCCUGUUGUAAAAACUCUGGACUUCAAAGGAGGCAACCCAUCAAUCAGGACACAGCUCUUUCUCUUUUUCUUCUUUUUUUUCACCGGUCCAGUUUAGUUCAAUCUUACAAUGCUUUUGCAGGUACUUUGGUUUCAUUCCAAUGAUCAGGGGUUUACUUACUAUUCUUGGAGAUUUCUCUCUAUGUGGUGCAUGUCCUGAUUCAGAAUUGAAGGCAUUGUCUUAUUGUCUUAUUGUCAAGUGGAGGACAAUGUUUACAAUUUGCUAACUUGACUAUCAUAAUUAGUUUCAGGACAUUAUUUAAAGUAUUAUUAUCAUCAAUAACAGAAGGUCAUGGUUUGAUUAUAUUUAGGAGGUUGCAACAUCAGUAAUUUAUUAUUCCAAUUCAGAGCGCUAGAUAGUAUUAUUACUGUUUGUUAGUUGUGCUAUCUACACUGUAGUAUACUGUAUGGUUUAACAGCAGUUGCUUCAGUCAGUGAUUACCUGUGAUUUUUAAAUCAAGCAUGACUGUAGAAUAAUAUUUUCUUUAAUGUUGAACAUACAAAUGUUUAUGGUUUUGGUCUCGGAGACUUUACUUGUUAGCUUCCACCUUUACCUGGCUCUACACAGUAGAUAACCAAGCAUAAUUCCUGAAUUCUAAUAGUUUACUGCUGUUGAUUAGGUUUAGUGAGUGGAGAUGUCAUCAGUACAAUUUAUACAGUAUAUAUUUAUUAAUGACGUACAGCAUAUGUUGACUUUAUCUAUAUUUUCUUCUAAUGUACUUAAAGUAUCAGCUGAUUAUCUUCGUCAUCUUCAACUUAAUUAAUGGGACCCAUUUGAUAGAGUCAAAGUUACAUGGUUGAACCUCAGAAGGGAAAACCACUGUCUGAUUCAGCACUGCCAGAAGACUGACAUACUGCCGUACCUGAUAGCACACUACUACCAUAAACGUUUCACACUUGAAAGGAAACUGAAGCUAUAGUAUUGUUGAACAAUCUGGCCCAAUAUCAAGGCAUCUCAGGUGUGUGUGUAUGUGUGUGUGUGUGUGUGUGUGUGUGUGUGUGUGUGUGUGUGUGUGUGUGUGUGUGUGUGUGUGUGUGUGUGUGUGUGUGUGUGUGUGUGUGUGUGUGUGUGUGUGUGUGUGUGUGUGUGUGUGUGUGUGUGUGUGUGUGUGUGUGUGUGUGUGUGUGUGUCCCCUAUACUGUCUGACUCCCAUGAAUCCAAAGCCUGUAAUCGUCUGAGUCUAUGUUUACAUGUAAACGCAUGGACCUUGAACACAUAAAAAGUAUAUUUGAAAUAUGUAUGUACUCUUAGUGUUGAGUUUUAUGUGGUAGCACACGGUAGACUGGACGAGCUUCAUAAAUGUGGCUAGAGGACCAAAAGGUCACACCGUCUAAUAUUCAUCGGUGUAAAAGAAAUUGAUCUUGUUUAACAUCUUUUCGCUGCUGUCUGUCUCUCAGGAUUCGAAUCAUUUGGGCUUAAAAGCCUGUGAAGCCACAUUCAAGGACCACUGAAGCUGCUCCGGUUGUUUGGGCGCUGUCUGGAGCAACAAAAAUGAUCAGCUGUAAAGCUUCUUUCUUUAAUGCUGGCACCACUCCAUACAGCUUUGCUUGCUUACUCUAAUCCCCAAGUAGGGCGGAAGCCCCAAAUGUAUACUGAAAGUUUUAAAUAAGGGUAAUAUUUAUAAAGUAACCAAACAGGAGAAAACUUUGAGGCAGACAGAAUUGAAAUAGAACCACUACAGGCAGCAGAUGUGUUUUUAGAUUAUAAUAAAGAACUAGAAAACAUACAUUCACCAAAGCUGCACAAUGCCCUAAAUGUGCUGUAAAAUCCCCAAAAUAUGCAUUAAGAUUUGCAUCAAACUACACUGUGAUGAACAUUUAUGAGAUGCAUUUUCCUCCAAAUAUGUGCAUUAGUUCUAUUGAAAGUGAGGAAGGUAAGAAAAAGUCUUAUCUGCAAUGUUAAAAGGUCAUUAAAAAAAGUACUGGCCACACAUUUUUAACAAAGGAGCAGCUGUGCGGGAGCAGUCUCCUUUGCUACAUAACUGCCCCUAAUCAAGUCCUGGGGUAUACUUUUAAAAUUUAAUAAUGUUCAUUCUUCUUUUGCAGAUCUAAUUUACCAACCAGCAUAUGAAUACAUCAUUAAAGUGUAGGGUCCAAAAAGAAAAUCAUCUAGUGAUGAAAAAAAUCCACCAAAAAUCAAUCAAAUGUAUCCAUUACUUUUAAAAAUACUUUGAAAAUAACCUGAAAGUAACACAAAUUUGUAUUGUUGUCAUUAAACAAUUUAGGUUAUUAGGGAGUGGUAAUUUAGUGUCACAGUGGACUGGGAAUUACAUUUGUCACACUGUGGAUAUCUCAGUUUGGAAAUAAACUCUUUAGAUAUAUUCUCAAAUUGAAGAGUACCUUUUGGUAUUUAUACUCUAAGUGUUUACUUGAGCCUCUUAGAAACACCAAAUGAUUGAGCAUUUACUGUUUUGGAGUACUUGGGAGUAUGAGAGCCGAUUACAGCCAGUAUUUUGACUUGCUCUACAGGCAGGUUUAGUGACUUGUAUGUGAGGGUUUAAUUUGUGUCUGUCUUGUCUUGGUUUUAAUAUCUGUCUCAUUCAGGCAUACAGUGCCUACCUUACUUUGUAUAGAGAUUUAUAAACUCUCCAUGAAGCCUUCAUGGACCCUCCGUACACGGUUAUACACACUCUGUGAUUGUGGAGCUGCUGUUAGUGCUGCUGGUGUUUUCUUUCUGGUCGUACAAGACUGAUUUUAUUAUCUCAUAUUAGUUCUCUUUAGUUUUCAUAUUGUUUUUUCUUGUGUCUGUGGUGCUUUUGUGCUGUGAUGAGCCUAUAUGACGCCAACAAUGCUUUUAUCUUUUCUAUUUCUCUUGAAAUAAAAAAAAAGCUUUUUCAUGGAG